UGAAUGUGUCCGGGGGUACGGUGGCGGAUGCGUAUACGUGCGUAGGGUGUCUUCGGGCCAGCGGAGCCCCUGCAUGUCACGCUUUCCGUAGCAAUUUUGGCCAUGCCGGCCGAUUCUGCUGUGGUGCCAGUGGUGACCAGGGGUCGGCCGCUGCGAUCGCAGUGGUCGGCCGCCGGGUGGCAGGCAGCGGGCGGCGGCGCGUCUGGCGAGGCGCGGGGUGGCGUCGCGCUGCCGCGUGGGCUUCCCAGGUAUAGCGCCCUCUCGGCAGCUGCAGAGCCGCCCGCGGUGCUCGCGGACGCCGACCUCGAGCACGGGAGGGGGGCUCUCCGGGAGCAGGUCGAGGUCUCAGAUGCAUUCUGGCGGGCCAUGCAGUGGCCCAGUGUGGCGAUGCUCGUGGCCACACUCUGCUGCUGCGUGGCGGUGCGCGUCGCCUGCUGGGCCACGAGUCUCGUGGGCUGGGCCGUGCUGAUGUCUUCCUGGUCGUGGGGGAAGUGGGCUGAGCUCCGCUACUGGCUGCUUUUCUACCUGAUUGGGGUCGUGGCAGAGGUGGGCCUCCUGAGCCUCGCGCGCAUUUGCCACAACAAGCUCGUGCAGCAGUCGGACUGGCACGUCGGACCUGGCUUCGUCAAGGCCUGCAGCGUCUUCUGCUGCGGCUUCUGGCUUCUGGCUUUGGUGCUGCUGCGGCUCCGAGUGCUGGCCGUGGACGCGUUCACCAGCGUCCUGGCGGGCCUGGUGAUGUGCUUCACGGUGAGCUCAUCUGGCGAUGGAGGACUGCCAGGCUACAGCCAGGCUGGUGGACCUGCUAAGCCUGGCACGCUGGAGGCUUUGGGUCAGGUGGAGUUUAGGCUUGGCCUGUUCGACGGCAGCAAUUCGGAUGGUCCGCAUUUGUCGAAGGAGUGCUUUUUCUGCCUCGAGGAGUACGCCCAUAAGCAGGCCGUCAUCGUCACCCCUUGCAGGCACACGAUGCACCGCGGGUGCUUGGAGAAGUGGCUAAGCAAGAGCCGUUCCUGUCCCAUGUGUCGUCGCAAUUUGGAGGUGACGCCGCCCACGCAGCAACAUCAUUGAGAUGUGCAUCCGCGUGCGCUGCAAUUUCUUCGUAUCCGUUCGUUUGAACAACAUCAUGUAGAUGUGCAUCCUGGAGAGCGGCAGUUUCUCAGUCUCCUUUCCUGUGAACCCCGUAUCCAUAUUUCUCUUCUGUGCCAGUCGUAUCCUUUCACAUUCGCCCGCGUGUGUCUCUGCAUCACGCUGCCUGUUGCGCUGAAUUUGUCACCCACUCAGGAGCCUCGUUGCACUGUCUCCUUUACCAAACAACAAGCUAGAACGUAUCUGCCGCGUGCUCCCUCUGCCCUAUCCUCUGUGUCGCCCGCCUCCUGUAAUGCAGGCGUGAGAUGGGCUUACAGAUUGAGCACACGCCAUCCUAUCGGCCUCGGGGUUCGAUAAUUUUCGAUUGGUGGCGAGGUAAUAUUUUCGAAUCUUUUGAAGCAUCGAUGAUGCAAGCACGGCAUACGCAUACAGUUUCGGAGGCUCGCGCGGACUUCUUGGAGCGCGCCAGGGGCGGCGCCGGAGGCGUCGCCAGGGGGGCCCAGCGCUGAUCCAAGAAACCCGCGCGGAUAUCUGACAGUGUAUGUUUAUACCACCUCUUGUUCCUAAAAGUGACCGGUCGAAAACGACCGUCAAUCCGACAACGAACGGAUCGGCGACGAGCCACUGUCACUGCGGUCUUUCCGCCUUGCCCCAGAGUGCAGUUUCUUGGAGUCUCAGUGUUGGUGUGCUGCCGCCUCGGCGCGGAAUGCCUCCUAUAGCGAGGCAUGACGCGCUGACCUGGCGCCGUUGACACAGAUAGUGCUCCCGAUGAGGUAUUCGCCAGGAUCAUGACAGAAUCUGGUGGUGAGCCCUGAUGCGCCCUUUGGACAAUAAACGUUGAAAAA